CUCAGAGGUGGCAGAAUCAAAGUCUGCCAGACGGAAAUGGCCGGAAUGCGGAUUACCAUGGUAACGGAAUGCCUGGCUAUGGGCGACGGAAGUGCGGCCUGCAGAGCCUGGCCAGGACAUGGCGGCCCCCUCUCCCCGGGCUGGGGUUACUGUGCUCUCCCCGCAAUGCUGCCUGCUCGCCCUGCUCGUGUCCCAGGCCCUGGCCGAUCUCGGAGAGUUCAGCCCCGGGCAGUCCGUGGGAUCCCUGCCAGUGGGAGCUGCCGCACAGGAGAGGAGGUAUAGGGGGGAGUGUGGGGACGUGGCAGCUCUCAGCAGCGGCCUCCUAUCUAAUACUUCCCCCGUCUAAUACUCAGCCACCCCCGUCUAAUACUCAGCCACCCCGUCUACUCAACAGCCCCCUGUCUAAUACUCAGCCACCCCUGUCUAAUACUCAGCCACCCCUGUCUAAUACUCAGCCCCCACCCUGUUAAUACUCAGCCGCCACCCCCUCCCCGUCUAAUACUGCAGAUUGUUCUGUAAUUCUGGGAGUACUAACAUAUUUUUGUAUUCACUAAGUUUCAAAAAUUUGCAAUUUAAUGUUUUCACAUAUUUAAGCUAUUAAAGGAAAUUACUAUGUUGUUCUGGGCUACCUAAUGUCAGUUCUCUGACUGUACUUCCUCCUAGAAUAUUCAAUUUUUUUUAAUGAAGAUCUCCCUAUGAAAUGUGUACAUAUGGAGAUUAACUCCUUUGCCUCAUUAACCUCAUUAGUCAGCAUGCAACAAGAGUUCCGGGCUGGCUAGUAUCAGUAAUGUGCAAAAUUGGUGUGUCAUGUCAGCAUGCAUGGCCACACUGGUGUACAUACCGCGGUCGCAGCUGCAACCGGGCCCGGCCCACCAGGGGGCCCGGCCGCACUGCGACCGGGUAUGUAAGCGAGUUUGCCAGCCUCUUCUCCUGGGGGGCCUAGGAGCUGGCCACCUCAGGGCCCCCGAGGCUGGCAGUGCUGUCUGCGGCUCAGUAAGCGGCGCGCGAGGGAGCUGGGCAGAGAGCGCUCAGGGGAGAAUGCUCCCUCACGCGCCCACAGUGACCGGCCGCCCAGCAUCACAUUUCCAAACGUAGGGAGGCUGGGGGAUGCAAUUUAAAAAAAAUAAAAAAAAUAUGAGUCUGUGUGUAUAUGUGUGUUAGUUACUGAGUGCAUUAGUUGUGUGUCUGUUAUUGAGUGUGUGUCUGCUAGUGUGUUAGUUUGUGUGUGUGUGUUACUGUGUGUUAGUUUGUGUGUCUGUUAUUGAGUAUGUGUCUGCUAGUGAGGGUCAGUGUGUGUGUGUUAGUGUGUGUGUCUGUUACUGAGCUAGUUUGUGUUUGUCAGUGAGAGUGUAUGUUUUGUAAGUGAGUGUCUCUGUCAGUGAGUGUGUAUGUAUGUCUGUCAUUGAGUGUGUGUCUGUUAGCUAGUGUGUAUGCGUCUGUUCGUGAGAGUGUGUGUGUGGUCAAAACCCCUUCAGCACUUACCUUUCUCCAGCGUCGGGCUCCCUUGGUGCUGGGGAUCUCUCCGCCCCAAUCCGCCUCUCAGCUCCUCAUGCGCAUGCGCGGCAUUCAAACCAUUCAUAGGAAAGCAUUACUCAAUAUUUCACAGUGAGAAUCGCAGGAGCGCCUCUAGCGGCUGUCAGUGAGACAGCUACUUGAGGCUGGAUUAACCCUCAGUGAAACAUAGUAGUUUCUCUGAAACUGCUAUGUUUUCAGCUGCAGGGUUAAAACUUGAGGGACCUGGUUCCCAGAUCCCUUCAUUGAGCUGAAGUGAUCUGAGUGCCUAUAGUGGUCCUUUAAGUGUAUGGAUCUGCAUGCAGUGGCGUACAUACCUUGGUCGCCGGGGUCGCAGCCGUGCGACCUGGUGCCCACCGCCAUGUGUUACGGCCCCGGCCUGCAUAGAGUAAGCGCACGGGGAGGAGUGGGGGGCCCACAGAUCAAUUUUCUCACCGGGGCCCCAUGGAUCGUGUGUAUGCCACUGCAUAGCCACCUGUGUAAUCCCCACAGUCCUCCCUCCCUGACCUUCCUACCCCUCUGGCGAGGGGAAGUGAUGUAGCUAAGGAUGAUUUGGCUGAGGGGAGAUCUUGGCCUCUGCGAUGGAAAGGAGGUGAAUUUAAACUCUCUUCUUUUUUGGGGUAGGGUACCACUACAGAAAGGGUUGCUCUAACUAAAGCCAGUGUUUUUAUAUAAGCACUGUUUUUGUGUUGGAGUAACCCUUUAAGGGGUGAAUGAAGUGUAGACAAAACUGUAUAUGGCAGAUGUAGUCAACUAUUUAUUCUUAUACUUUGAUUAUAAAUAUUUAUUUUGUUUGCCUUGUAGGUACUUGUUGUAUGAUGUGAAUCCUCCAGAAGGUUUUAACCUGCGCAGGGAUGUAUAUAUUCGGAUGGCCUCACUUCUUAAAACCUUACAGAAAAGUGAAGACUGGGUGCUAGUCCUUCCUCCCUGGGGUCGCCUUUAUCAUUGGCAGAGUCCUGACAUUCACCAGGUUCGGAUUCCAUGGGCAGAAUUCUUCGAACUUAAAAGCCUUAACCAAAACAUCCCUGUUAUUGAAUAUGAAGAUUUUUUGGCAGGUAAAUUUACAAUUUGUGUAUUUUUUUAUUUUAUUUAUUUUUUUAAUAAUUAUUAUUAUUUUGGAUUUGUUUUGUAGCUUUGACUAAAUAAACACAUCUUUGCUUCACGUACUGAAUAAAGUACACAGUACCUAGAAUAUGGUGAGAUAGCCUGGUGAAUUAGAAGUCCAGCUGUAAUAUCUCUAGUAAUUUUUUUUAAACUUCAAUGUCAAAGGUGUGAUUCUCAACUGAGUAAUCUCGGACUUUUAUCCUCCUGAGAUUGCUAAAAUUAAUAUUGUAAAGUUUGAUAAGGUCUAUAGCCCCAAAUCCUAUUUAAAAACUACUGAAAUGUUGUUUUCUCCCGUACCUGCUUGAAAAACAACUUCUGUAAAGUGGGAUAUCACAGCAAAUUAAAUAUUAGGCUAAACACUCUCCACUAGAGUUAGGUGACUUGGGAGAGUUUUUCCAAUUUUGCUACUUUGAAUUAAAAUGUAAAAUUAGUGACAAUUCAUUGUUUAUUUAAACAGUGCUGUCCUUUUUCAGUUCUAAAUCUAACAGCUCCCAGUCUGAUCUCUUAAACAUAUUCAUUUUCCAGAAUCUGGAGGUCCCUUUAUUGAACAGGUUUAUGUCUUGCAAGGCUAUGCAGAGGGAUGGAAGGAAGGGACGUGGGAAGAAAAAGUGGAUCAGAGAACAUGCAUAGAUCAGCUCAUGUACUCUGAAGACAAACACGGAUACUACAGGUAGCAGAAUGUUAUAUUGCGUGUUUCAGAGUAAUGGGUGAAAACAAAAGAUGAAAUGUAUAUUUUGCAGUAAGUUUAUAGAAUUGAAGGUUGUGGAAUGCUCACUGCUAAUUAGAUUGCAAACAAAGUUGAUUAAGCCUGAUAAUUCAUGCCAUCGUGGAAAUAUUAGGUUGAAUGCAGUCCUUUAAAAUAUGUUUUUUAAGUUUUGAUAUUAAAAUUGUGAUUCUCAUGGAAUCAAUUAAACUAAUAAGUUAUAUGUUGCAUGCAUAAUAGGGAGGAUGUCAAGAGGAGAGGUGAGCUGCACACUAUGCAUGUGCAGUUUGAGGAUUUGCAGAUGUAUAAACAAUGUAAAACAUACAAAAGAAUAUGGCUUAUGUUUCAAAUGUCGGUUAUCAACUCCCUGAUAGCCACUGCAUUGUGAAUAAAGCUCUUGUUUGUUCUGUUAAUUGAAGUCUUAAGCCAUAAAUUAAAGUUUUUAAAUAUUCGGGCCGAAACUAAUUUCAUCUUGUUCUAUUGUUAUUUUAGAGGCUGGUUUUGGGGCUACGAGGAGACAAGAGGUUUAAAUGUCACAUGCUUAUCCGUACAGGGCUCCGCUUCUAUUAUGGCCAACAUACUGUUGAAGAACACAACAGCAAGGUGAGGAGUAAGACUCACUAAUUAUUGUAAAUAACAAGCAUCUUCAACAGAGACUAAACAAUAAUAUAGUUAUCUCCACUUCUUAUAGGACCAUAAUGUUAGACAGAGCUGAGAACCUUCUACAUGAUCACUAUGGGGGCAGAGAUUAUUGGAAUGUACGUACGUAAGUAAUUCCCUACUACCCCAGUAUAUGUUGAUCACAAAGUAGAAAUUAUAAUAUGGCCAACAGCAUGCACUAAAGUUGAGUUAUUCCUGUCCUGACCACCAGUCCCACCAGAGGGACUUGCAUUACAAAUAUUGAUAGCCUCUCGGAUAGAAAAUUAUCCCUCUCUUAAGCAACUACAUCUUAAAAUGAAUAAAACCCUUAACAUGAGUAGCUUUUUAUUCCUCAACAUAUCACACAGACAUAAUACAAUAUGUCUUAAAGGAUCACUACAGGGUAAGGAACACAAACAUGUAUUCCUGAUCCUAUAGUGUUAAAAACACCAUAUAGCCCCCCUGCCCACCCUUACUCCCCUGAACUUAGUAAAAUCUUUCCUUUAUACCAGUCUGCUGGUGCUGGCUCUGCCCCUGAUCUGCCUGCUUGGCUGACAUGAGAAGUGAUGUUCUGAGCGAACCACAAUGCUUUCACAUAGGAAAGCGUUGGAUUGCCUGAGCUUGUCAAGGAAGCAGAUCAGGGUCAGAGCUAGCAAAGCCAAACACAGCCCUGGCCAGUCAGCAUCUCCUCAUAGAGGAGAAAGUUCAGUGUCUCCUUCCAGAGGGUGGAGAUACUGAAUGUCAGUCACACUGUGCAGCACUGCCCCAGGAGGCACCUCUAGGUGCCAACUGAGGAGUGGCCAGUGGAGGUAUCCCUGGGCUGUAAUGUAAACACUGCCCUUUCUCUGAAAAGCUUGUAGGGAAUGAUUAUACUCACCAGAACAAAUACAAUAGGCUGUAGUGUCAAUUUAAUUAUUCACAUUAUGUACUUAUGUGUAUUCAUUACAAAAUAAUAUACAUUGGCUAUAUUCCUUGUCUUAUUUUCAGUACUAGUAAAAGAUUGUCAGGUUUCCUUCGAGGAUCAUUGAUACAAAAUGCAAUCUUCUCAACCUGACCAAGGGAGAACUUAUGCCAGCAUGAACUAAUGUAAUGUAUCAACAGCUGUACAGAGUCUGCUAACAUCAUGAGAAGUGCAUUCAGUAUCAGAGUUCCUAGAUUUUAAAGCCCCCAAAAACUGAGCUAGAAAAGCAGUUGUUAGAAAUUGUCCCUCCCUGGUUUGUCCAUUUUGUUCUAUAGUUUACAGUGCUCUUGUUACUUUUCUACAAUUCAAGUUAAAGAAUAAUAUUCAGCUGUAUUUGCAGACAGGCCUUUUCAUGCUUUUUUUUUUUCUUCUCAAUUCAGGCACGCCGCAGUAUGGUUUUUGCUCAGCAUCUGCGAAUAGUGGGGGAUGAAUUUCGUGCCAACGUCCUGCGAUCUAAUGAUGAGGCUGACAAGACCAUAUUUGUUGAGGAUUGGACAAGAGUAAAGGUGAUGCAUGUUACAUUCUUAUGACAGAAAACAGUCUUGUAACUUGAGUAAAGGGUUAAGAAUGCAAAAUGGUUUGAAAUUUUGAAGAAGUAAAAAAAAUAAAAUGUAUUAAUGUUUUUAUGUACAUAUUUUCUUUUGGUGGAGAGGAGCACGUGUAAUAAAUUUUUUUUUUUUAUUGUUUUUUUUCAUAUAUAUAUAUAUAUAAACAUCAAAGCAAUAUCUCUUGUUCUACAGAAAGUGUUAACUUUAUACUGGCAAACAGAGGAAAUAUGUUAUCUUCUUUCCAGGCAAAGCCAAACAUGGCAUUAGGGGGACCUUACCUUGCUGUCCACCUUAGGAGGAAAGACUUUAUUUGGGGCCACAGAGAGGAUGUGCCUAGCCUCCGGAAAGCAGCCGAAGAAAUUCACAGCCUUUUGAAGAAGCUGAAGCUCAAAAAAGUAUUUGUAGCCACAGAUGCUGACCGAGGAGGUACCAUUUGUUAUCUCAGUACAAUUUGUUUCCCAUAGACCACAGUUCCUCAUUGUUCAGCUUUUGUGGCUCCUCACUGAUCGCUCACAGUAAGUCACAUGAUGCACCCGUAGCACAUGUCCCACCUGCAGAAAGCAGUAUUCACAACUGCUGCAGCCUUUCAAGGGGAUGAUAUAGUAGUGAUUGCCCAGGCAGUGGCAUAGUGAGCCAGCUCAGGAGCCACUAAUCUUUGCACACAGGCACUGUGCUCUGUGUGCAGAAAUAAAGAUGAUGUAUGACGUGACGUAUAUCCCCAUCCCAUCUACAGAGCAGAGUGCAGAUUCUUUCUGUAUGCCUUCAUGUAGAUCAACUCCCAUCCCACUCAGCCACACUACCAAGUACACAAUUUCAUUUUAAAUAUAUUUAAAAAAAUACUAACAAGUAAUACAUUUUUAAUUAAGGUAAUGAUGUCAAGAGGAGGGAGGGUGACACAAAAGAGAAAUAAGUAAAGAAACAAGGUAAGGAGAGAGUCUUCAGGGGGAUAUGAACUGGGAAUAUCAGACAUUAAGCCCGUCUGAAAAGCUCUAUGCUAAUAUUUCAAUGUUGUCUGCAUUGUUUGUUUAACCCCUUAAGGACCAAACAUCUGGAAUAAAAGGGAAUCAUGACAUGUCACACAUGUCAUGUGUCCUUAAGGGGUUAAAUGUUAUGCUUUCUAUAGGAAGAAAUUAACUAAACUAGUAGGCCACAUGAAUUUGGGGUAAAUGUGACUGUCCUGUUUGCUUUCUCUUGCCACGUUGGCUCCUUUGGUAAUAUAGUAUGUGACACUACCCUACAUUUAUGUUUGUAAUGUAAUCUCCGGCACUUUGGCUUUUAAAAUGAUCUAAACACAAUAUAUUGUAUCUUCUUGGCAUGCAUUUGAGUCCAUCACAGAAAGCAAUUUCCACAGUUUGACAUGAUCUGUCCUUCACGCCUACUCCUACGAAUAAUAAUGUUCAAAAUUUAUUCAUGAAAAUGAUCGCUUGAAAACCUUUCAAAUCUUUUUUCACCAUAGAUAGCAACCUUAAAUGUCUCUAAUUUCCAAGCACAAAUCGUGCUUCUAUUUUAAAUAUGAGCAGAAUAUCUCCACUACACUAAUAAUUUAGCACUAAGUCAUAAAAAAAAAAAAAGACAUGUGAGACGAUAAAAAUAGCAGUCUGUUUUGUGGACAAAUUUACCUAUGUACCACUGAUGUUUCAUCUAAGCAUAAUCCUUGAUCCAUUUUAACCAUUUGUAAUUACACAUGGUCCCUUGUGUUAUAACAGCUAGUGUUUAUGUACAGAUAUUCAGCCGCUGUCACUUCUGGUUGCAUUCCUUAUUUUGUUGAAUCUUCGCUUAUGUUUGUUGUCCACACUAAUUUUGGCAAAACUUACCUUGUAUUUAAUUAAAAAUAUUAAUUGAAACUUGUCUGACCCAAAAAAAGGAAAAUGGAAAAAUAAAAUAAAGAACAUUCUUAAAGGAACACUAUAUUGUCGGGAAAUUCAAACAUGUACUCCUGACCCUAUGGGGCCCUCUCCCCUCCCCCUCCAAGCCUCCUUAAAAAAGGUUCAAACUUGCCUUUAUUGCAGCGCACCCUUGCUCUGACUCCUUGGCUGAGAUCAUUAAAACUGACAAUAUCAUCCAAUCCAAUGAUUGGAAGGCCAUCGCGUAUGUGUGGCAAAGCUCUACACUGCCUAAAUCCGCAUCUCCUCAUAUAGAUGCAUUGAAUCUGUGUAUCUUUAAGGGGAGAGUUUAGCGCCUCCAUGCAGAGUGUGAAGGUGCUGAAUGUCAGUUCUGACCAGGAAGCACCUCUAUUGGUCGUUUGUGUGACUGCCACUGGAGGCGUCCCUAGGCAAAAAUUUAAACACUUUCUCCAAAAAGGCAGUGUUUACAAUAAAAUGCUUGCAUGGACGUACUAUACACAGCAGAACAACUACAUUAACCCCUGAAGGACAGAGCUUCAGAAGCUUGUCUUUCACUUAAUGACAACAGCAUUUUUUGCUGUUUGUGUUCAACUGCAAUUUGCAUUUGACUAAUUUAUUGCACCGACACAUAUUAUAUACCGUUUUUUUAAAGGACAGAAAGGGCUUUAAUUUGAUGUAACAUUUUAUGUGGAGCAAUUUUAGAAUUUGGUAUGUUUGUCUUGUAAGCUUAAUAGCCAUAAAAGAAAACAAAAUUGCCACACAAAAGUAUAUAUUUAUAUAAAGUAGACAUCACGGGCUAUUUACCUAGGGUUGUUUUGACACAUUCUAAGUAGCCAUUUCACCGACAACCUCUGCUAAAUAUUGGAGUUUAUUGCAUUUGUCAUAUUUACAAUGCUGUCAAAUUGGUGAAAUACAUUUACUUUUUAAGAUGCCCUGCAUAUAGGAGAAUUCCUCUCCUCCAAGUCAUAACUAGCAAAGUGUGACAGUAGAAUAAGAUUGUGCAUAUGUAAUCUCCUUUUUUACUUCUAGAUCUAGAAGCUCUUAGGAAGUUGAUUCCUGAGAUGGUAAGAUUUGAGCCUACUUGGGAAGAGCUAGAAUUCUUCAAGGAUGGAGGAAUCGCGAUAAUAGACCAGUGGAUCUGUGCUCACGCCAGGUACUGGAGCUCUUCAUGCACAUCUGUAAUGCAAAAAUGACACCACAGCUCUUUAUACACAAUACUUAUUUCAGCUUUUAAGUUGGUGGGUGUAUGUGUGAAUUUAGCUUUUUCAUUUCUAAUAUUUUUUUGAUAAACUUAAAAAAAAAAAAAAAAAAGAACUUUCAAAAUAUUUAUUGUAUAUAAACAAAAUAUCGACAAUGUCGCAAUGUCAUUGUUCUCCUGGGAAUCUCCUGUUGAGAACCCAGGUAUAUAAGUACAGCAGUUUUCCCAAUAAAGAGGUUCUCUACCAUUCACUAAGUCUUGACAAGUGUUAGGGUGGACCAGUGAUACUUGAUAGCUGCACUGAGCUAUAAUAACUUGGGGAUAUGAUCACAUAGGGGAGAGGGGAUAGGGGACCUUGGCGGCGAGAUUCCAGCUUAAAGGCGGACAGGCCACCACUCAUGCAUGCAUACAGCAGACUAUGCAGAGAGUCAAAUUUUCAAUCUUGGUAGCAUUUAUACAUGCCCCACUAAAACAACUGCAAAAUUUCAAAGUGUGUUUUAACUUGUGUUGUUUAAACUCCCAUGGGUUUAAACUCCUACUUAAAGAUAGACUAUUGUAGAUAGACUGACAAGGAACCUCUUGGUGGGCAAGCUCUGUGAGUUGCUACUGUGGGUUAUAUAGGUGCACACAAAGUCACUCAGGUGAAAAAUUAACCACCUGCCUAAUUAACUCAGCUGAAAAGUUCACUAAUAAACCCAGUAAACACAUGCAACAUUCACAAUAAAUAGCAAUAGGUUAUACUAACCAUACUUUGGUCAUAACCCCUCUGUCACAGUUCUAUAAAGGGCUGGGGACGCAGUAAAUUAAGUAAUUUUAAAAAGUUCACCUAAUAGAAGGUACAAUAAGUGUGCAGAAAUAAGUUGAGGCAGUUCCUAAGCCAUACACCUUGCAUUCUGAGACUGACUCUCUAUUGCUUCCCAUGUAUGGGUAAUACAAUUAUCCAUUCAUACAGUUAGACAUGUCUUGAGCUAAGAAAUUAUAUUUUAAAUUUUUAAUAUUUUGAAUUCCAGAACAGUAAAAAGGCUUGUUGCUGACAUUACUUUCACUCAUGGAGUAAAACCCCUUUCUGGUCAUACACAAAUUGUAUGUAUUUGGAACUGAUACAAAGCAUUUUUUUUUAUCUUCAUGUCAGAUUUUUAUGUCUUUAGAUCACUCUAUAAUGUGCCAACAAAUCUAAAAUUCAGAAUUAGAAUAGUUUCAGUGCAGCAUUUUUGUGGCUGAGCACCAUUCAAGUUUGUAUCUCUUCUCUUCGGAGGAAAUAAAGUGCACCUCUCAUGACUAGUAGGACUUAGAAGAAGAAUUGCUUGCAAAUGUGUUGAUUUUAGAAAAACAAAGUAAAAAAAAAAAAGUACCCUUCCCACUCCUGUCAAACAAAUUUCAGAGUUCUGCCAUUUAUGCACAGAAUUGACUGAUUGGAGAUCCCUCCUCCGGGUUAUUCUCCUGUUUUCUUUCACAGCAUCUACUAUGCAUGAGAUAUAAGUGAUGUGAUUAUUCCUUGGCAAGGGAGAGACUUUAAGCUUCUUAUGUGUUGAAAGGGGAAUGCAGGAACAGAAUGACAAACCUCUCUAUUCAUUCCACCACCAAUGUACUGGCAACGGAGCCAUUGUGUUAGUGUCAUAAGAGAGGAACACCCUGCUCUGGGAAGAGAUACAUUUCUUCUCAAACUAGUGCAGUCAUACAGGGUUAUGUGCUAAAGUGAGAAUUCACAUUUAAAGCAUCACUGUCACAGUCAAUUCGCAAAGUCCCCCGACAGUGACAUCGCCAUUGGUGGGCAUGGGGGCAGGUAAGGGUGAUUUUACUUAAAGGAAGAAAUAAGAGGACAGUGAUUGGCUAUGGACUGGAGUGAUGGCACCAACUCACACUGAUCUCUGAUUGGCUGGGUGGACUACGUGUUCAGAAUAAGUCUAAUAAUGAUAUUGCACUGUAAAAAAGAGGGAGUUAUGCUGCAGAAAGAUGCAAAUACAGUGUUUUUUUGUUUUUUAAAAGUAAAACGAAGGGUUCUGAGUGAACAUUUAAGGUUGUAUUGUUAACUUUUUUUACAUUUCAUGUUUCCCUCUGUGUACAGGUAUUUCAUAGGCACAUCUGUGUCCACGUUCUCAUUUCGUAUUCAUGAAGAGAGAGAGAUCCUAGGCUUUGAUCCAAAGACUACGUACAAUCGAUUCUGUGGGGACAAGGAGAAGAACUGUGAGCAGCCUACCCAUUGGAAAAUUGUAUACUGAAAAAACAAAUCGCUCUCAGGACAGUUUGCACCCAGAAGUAAUGGAAUGGAAAUAUAAAGCUGCUUCAGGAAAACCACAAACUCCAGUCUUCUGGUCAAACUUAAAUCAACAAACCAUUCUAAUUAUUCCAUUUAGAUACACAUUAUGUAUGUGAAUACCACUGGAAAAAGAAUAUUACCUGUGUUCAUUACCUUACAGUCACUGUGUAACCUGUACAGUGUUACAUUUAAAUACCUCCAUCUUUUUUGGAAAACAGAGGAUGAUAACAUUUUUGUUUUUACAAGGAGUCAGAUUGCUUUUUUUAUACCUCAAAUCUGUCUGUUUUUAUAUGUAUAAAGCAAUUAAAGUGUUCUGUAUAUAUUUGUUAGUUUGCAGCAAAAGUUCUUUUCAGACCAACAGUGGCAGUUAAACUUUAGCACUGCAUCACCACUUGCAAAACUUGCUUUUCACUAUUUGCACCACUAGAUGGCACAGUUUAAACAGACUUCAUAUGAAAUGUAUUUUUUAAUUGAAGAGGAAAUUGGAACUAUAACCAUUUGCAGUAUUUUUCUUUUUGGUAUUAAAAUAUCAGUUCUUGUUAAUUGGUUAAACGUUGCUUGAUCCACCUUUGCAAAAGCGGAAGUAUAGAGAAAUUGAAGCCUGUUUUUUCUGUUUUUGAACUUUAAGGAACAUUAUAGUGUAAGGAAUACAAACUUGUAAUCCUGACACGGUAGUCCUGAAAUGACUGUUUAGAUGACCAGUCCCCCUCCAAUCUCAGUAAAAAGGUAAUUUUACUCUCCUUUUUUUCCCACGCCGUGCCAGUCUUGUUUCAACUCCAUGAGUCAGAACAUAAAUUUUGAUGAUCUCAGCCAUAUACAAUGCUUAAAGGAUCACUAUAGGGUCAGGAACGCAAACAUGUAUUCCUGAUCCUAUAGUGUUUAACCCACCAUUUAGGUGGCUUGCCCCCCCUCCUCUUCCUCUUAGGCCCCCUAUAAAAAUUUAAAACUCCCACAUGGGAAAGCAUUGAAUUGGUUCAGACCGGCACGGUUGAAUCAAUGCAUCUCUAUAAGGAAAAUUCAGCAUCUCCAUGCAGAGGUUGGGGACACUGAACGGCAGGGCUGCUUACUAUGCAGCCCUGAGCCAGGAAGCCCCUCCAGUGGCUAUUGGAGGAGUGGCCACUUGGAGGUGUCCCUAGAGGCGAUGUAAACACUGCAGUGUUUACAUGAAAAUGCCUGAAGGCAAUGAAUAUACUCACCAGAACAACUACAUUAAGCUGCAGUUGUUCUGGUGACUAUAGUGUCCCUUUAAUGCUUUCCUAUAGGAAAGCAUUGGGAGGCUAUCACAUAUGCACGGAAGUAAGCACCUCCUUUAAAAGAAAUGCAUUGAAUCAACGCAUCUGUAUGGGGAACAUUCAGCGUCUCCAUGCAGAGGGUGGAGAACAACACCAGUGCUGCACAUUAUGCAGCACUGGACUAGGAAUCGCCUCAAGUGUUUUGUUAACUCAUACCUUGAGGGAAUAAAGGAACGACAGAAAACAUUAUGCUGGUGUUCUAUCCAACAAGAUCCACUCCUACAUGGCAAAGAAUUGAGCAGUAAGACUGCAGUAGCAUGAUGUAUACACCCAAACCACAUAAUUAAGCUAAAGUUGUUUUGGUGUUUAGUGUCCCUUUAAGGAUCAAUACCAGAAUAAUUCCAUCAUAACAAACCAAACUUUAAAACUAGUAAAUCACAAUGGAAUGCUUCACCCUUCCCUGGGUGUGACCUCUCUCGUCAGUCGUAUGGUCAGUACUGGUUGCGCCAACCGACAAACUCUUCACUUUACUGCUUUUUUUUUUUCCCCAUCUUUCUUUUUCUUCUUUGUAUCUUUUCCUUUAUUCUUCUUCCUUGUUGUUCUCUAUCCCUUGAUAUAUUCAUGGGAUUAAAAGUGUAUAGCCACAGAUUUUUACUUGUCUCCCACGGAUAAUGUGCACACCUAACCUUUGAGUACACAGUCUACGAUUGUUUUUUCAUGGUAAUAUAUCAUCUCUGGAUGACAUUAAGGGGUUCUAUUUUAUGUAUCCUUUUGUCUUUUAAUAUUUUUGUAAAAUACCUGGUAGUGUAGAAACAAGGGCUCAUUCUGAGGUUUAGCUCAACACGAUUACUGUUUUUAAGCCAGAUAUUGCUAAAUAUGAUGUAUAAUUUUGCUUCAAUUGUUAUCUCGACAUACUGGAUUUCUGUACGCUGUACCUUUUUGUACUACAUGUCAGUCAAAAAUAAAGAUUUGGAAAUAAAAAGUGACAGGG